CUCGUUUUGUUCAUAGAUACCUUGAAUAUCUCGGCUCUCUUAUCUGCGAUCCCAGCACUUGAGGCGUCCAUGGGUAUAACUGAAAUUCAAUCCACCUGGGUGUUUAGUGGGUUCCGAUUAACUUUUUCAUCAUUCCUGCUUAUCAGUGGCCGUCUGAGUGACGUAUACAACCCAAAAACUGUAAUCAUCGGAGGAGCGUCCACUCUUGGUAUUCUCUCCCUAUGCGCAGAUUUUGUUUGCUCCACAGUUCCUAUCCUUGUUCUCAGAGCAAUUACCGGAAUAGGU